GGGAGAGGGACCUGUGUGAAAAGUCCCAGUUUUGCAGAUGGGUUUCAUCAUCCUUCAUCGAACAAGGCAAGCCAGAUGAAGGAAAAAAAUUGUUGGGUCGGAGCAGAUUUGCACAUCGCUGUCGACAGCAUCAAGCGCAUCCAUGGAUAGAAAUGGAUCAUAGCAGCAGCAGCAGCUGUGCCGUUUCAUAUUCGAUGCAAGGGUUUCAUGUGGACUUUGAGGAUGAGAGGAUUAGGGUGAAUGGGGGGAAGGCAGAGUUGGGUUGUUCGAAUCUUCGAGAUUCAUUCCUCCAACACCCUCAUCCCAUCAAUUUCACCCUCGGAUACGAUCACCACCAGGGGGAAUACGUAGUUCGGCGUACUUUCGUACAACCACCUUUCAACAAAGCAAACCCAUGCGGAAACGCGGGCUAGAAUCGAAUGCGAGGAAAGGGUUUUCAUGGGAUCGUGGAUUGAAGGAGAUGUUGAGGUUUGUUCUACACUCCGAUGGGAGCUCUUGUUUUUGAUGGGUUUACAGUGGUUUCAACGAAGGUGAAGCGAGUGGAGUCCAUCGUUUUUUGCGGUUUGGCCCCUGGAUAUGAGGUUUGGUCGAGAAGAGGGAUAUAGACUAUGUAGAGAUGAUGAAGAAGGAGAGAUGGCCGGUGAUGGAGCAAGAGGCAAGCGAUGGAUGGAUGUCGAUAGGAAGGCAGUGAGUUCUGCUGGGUAGGCCGCUAGAUUGCCAUGGCUAUGAUGAUCAAGGUUUUCGAAGCAUCUUCAGAUCACUCGCAACAGCUGCUCCGGAAGUUACUCGGGAGCUUCGAGAUUCUGGGCUGGAGAAUUUGGGUUGACGCCGGAGUUGAAGGACUUGGCACCCGUGGUUUGCUGGAGCAUUUCCAAGGAGGACGACCGGGAACACUUCCUCUGGGCAUAUUGUUUGCUUCUGUUGGACUGGAUUGCAGCUGGGGGUUGUCGAAUAUUGGAUCCGCCACUUUCUUAGUACUCUUCUUUCAGAGCUAUUGACAGCGGAUGCUGAUGUUGAAGUCCCAGUUGUGAAGGAGGAGAAUGCAAGUAGAGCAUAAUUCUUGGAAGAUGGUUGACUGGUUCCCCAUUCAAAUGUUGAGUUCUGAAGUGGCUGCCAAGCUCUAGAACAGGGAAGAGUAGCGCUAGAAAGCGCUGAAGGGUUUAUAAAUUCGAUUACAGCCAGUUUGGUAGUUAAGGUCAUUGCAUCUUAACCGUUCACCUGCCAUUUGUUAACAUCCUUACACGCCAGACGUGAGCUCGCAGUUGUGGCGCCUACAACAUGGUUGGACUGGAGAGGUGCACGAAAGAAGCGCACAUCUGAAGAAAUUCAAGUGAGCGUGGUUUCAUUUUACGUAUCAACAGUCACAAGUCUUUCUGAUCAGAAUUGGGUUUUAUCCGUGGACCUGGCGACGUUAGCGGCCUGCUGGUGUGGUUGCGGACUUUCACAACAAUCGAGGUUGUACAUGGUCGACACUUAAAGUCCUGUAUCAUGCAGUGUGGCGUUGUUUUGCAAGCUGUGGUUAGCUCUUAGAUUCAUUCAACCCAGAGGUUUAGGAGCUGUUACAUCAAAAUGUUACAUAUUUUUUUCAAACAACCCGAAUGUCUUUCAGAAGUCCACCUCAGGUUUAAAAUGAAAGAAAUACAGCUACAUGAAAGAAGUCUUCAAUCUCAGCCUGCCGACCAGGAAAUAGUCAAAAUCACCAGUCUCAUCUUCCACAAUUUACCUGCUGUCAUACUUUGAACUGAAUUCAUGCAAUGAGAAAUCACGAGUGAAAAAGCAGCAGGUGAGGAAUGUUUGCACCGAACUUUCGGUCGAAUGAGUAGAAAUUUGUAGUUGGAAUAACUUACGGCCUCUCAUUUUCAAGUUAGUGUUUUAGAUUAUAUAUGAGAGGACUGAAGCUAGAAAAAAUGUUAGCAGGCUGUUUUCUCUUCACAAGCAAAGGUGCAGUUAUCACCUGUGCUGAUUGAGUUCUCUUGUGACUGUUUCUCUCUACUGAUUGUCGCUAGCAUCUAUCACCACCUACUAGCGUAGCAGUGAUGGUUGUUAGGUUGGUAAUUGAGAAGCCAGUCGAGCAGUAAAUUUGAAAGCAGCCUCCUAGUGCCGCAGUAAUUCACGCA